GAUAUUAAACCUUUAAGUUCAAAAUUCUAUUGUGAUACAUUGGAAUAUCCAGCCACUCAAUGUGACUCACCAUUUAUGGGGUUGCCUUUUCCAAAUCAAACUGAAUUACAAUGGUGUCUAAUUAUAAGAAAUCAAUUUAAUAAUAGUCAAAAAGCUUAUGUAUCAUUUGGCCCUGAUGGAACUUCCACAAAUGCAAAUAACUUCGAU